GUCAAAGACACACAAAUCUCUGACUACAUCCAGGACCUCGUACAGCCUCCAAGUCUCACCUUACCAUAACUGGGGGGGUUGAUCACGCAACUAAAACUACACGGGAUUGUGCCUGCCAAGCCGCAAGUCAAUCUGUCAACCCGCGUCGCGCAUCCCCCAUUCCGUGCCUUCCCCACACCUUUGCACAACUAAACGCGCAUGCGCCCUGAGCUCCUCCACGGCGCUGAGACCAGCAAUGGCUCUAAGGCGCAAUACUAUGCGGCUCUCGGCAGUCUCAUUUGGUGGGUGAUCGUUUGGAGCGUUUGUGGAAUCGGGUUCACACAAUUAUUCCGCUACUACUGGAGAAAACCCCAGCCGGCAGCAUGCCUUGAGAUGAAAGAGGAAGACGUGCCUCACGUUACCGUCAUUCGACCUGUCUCUGGCCUCGACCCCCGCCUGUACGAGUGUUUAGCAUCGAGCUUGCGCCAGACUUACCCCAAGCGCAAGAUUGAUAACGUCUUCUGCGUCGCCAGGCGCUCGGAUCCCGCCUUCCCUAUCCUCGAACGUCUCGUGCGCGAAUUCCCGGACGCCAAUGUACACAUUACGGUCGAGGAGGAGGAUCCGCUGCUUAAGAAGGACAGAAAAGCGCUUGGACCAAACCCCAAGAUCAGAAAUAUGAGUCGAGCCUAUCGAGAAGCCAAGGGCGAGGUCGUAUGGAUUCUCGACUGUAACGUCUGGGUCGGGAAAGGUAUUGGUGCUCGCUUUGUCGAUCUGCUAUAUGGAUACAGCAAGGAUAAGGGAGGGCAAGCGAAGACAAAAUUCAAAUUUGUGCACCAGACACCACUAACAGUGGAUCUGGACUCGCAGAGCUUGACUUUGGAAGAGCGUAAGGAGCUGCUGGGUGGACAGCCAGAAGAACGUCAGGACAGCACAGCAGCCGCCGCCAGCUCCUCAUCGAAAGCCUCCAGCAGCGCCUGGAAGCGGCUUUUGCAGCGUGGUGGCGGACGUUUUGACGAAGCCUUUAUGUCCUCUGCGCACGCGAAGUUCUACCAAGCUAUCAAUACCGUCAAGGUCGCGCCCUGCAUCAUGGGCAAGAGCACGAUGUUCCGUCGCUCGCAGCUCAACUACGUUACCUCUUCAAACCCCAAGUAUGCACCUGGCAUCGACUUCUUCUCCGAUAAUAUCUGCGAAGACCACCUUAUCGGCGACGCACUAUGGAAGCAACCGCAAGCAUUCGAGAAAUGCGGCUACAAGCCUGCGCCAGGUGAGAAGAAGGAGAAGUGGGGGAAGCAUGAGAUGCUAUUCGGUGACUUCUGCUUCCAGCCUAUAAGUCACACGUCUGUGGCUGCGUACCUGGAUCGUCGUAUACGCUGGCUGCGAGUCAGGAAGUAUACGGUGACCCUGGCUACAUUUGUGGAGCCCGGCACGGAGAGUAUGGUCUGCGGUGUAUACGGUUCAUAUGCACUGACCACACUACCGUACUUCCGCACAUUUAUCAGCCCGACCUGGACCUCAUUUGCUUUGAUUUGGCUGCUGCACAUGGCUGCUUGGUGUUUGGUAGACUACGUACAGUACCUCCUCUUGCACUCUGCCAAGACUGUGGAGAUCGACAAGGAUACUCCAGACUUUGUUCUGCCUCAGCGAUCGAACGCCGCUUACCGCCGCGAAGAAGCAUCGAAGCCUUUACUUGCUGACAAGACGAGUGCUCAGCCAAGUUUACUUGACGGCAAAAGGAGGAACUUCCGGGAGUUCUUGUUCGCAUGGCUUGGCCGGGAGUUCUUUGCCCUGCCGAUCUGGGUCACAGCCUUCUGGGGCGGUGCGACAGUCGAGUGGAGGGGCAAGAAGUUCUAUGUGGGUCUUGACACCAAGGUGCAUGAGAUUGCAUCCAAAGAGCAAAAGACACCCUCUGCAGAUGAUGGCAAGGCCAAGAAGUGAGAUGAUCCCUGACUUAGGUCGGCUCACGAUAACAACAGUUGUUUAGAUUCGCAUAGCGUUUGCAUAUGAUAUCCUAGGUCUUGCAUUUCCGUAUCAGCUCUCACGCGUCAAGCAUUACAGUCAACUCGACUGCUGUCUUUCACCAUUUCUUCAGACGGUCCUCAUAAUCUCCCCGUUCUCCUCAGCUGCAUCAUCGAUAUCGCGCACCCAGUCUAUAUCUUCGCGACUCAUACGUUUCUAACGGCGUUCGGUAUGUAGGUCUAUCGCUCCCGAUCUUGCAAGUGUGAUCCAGAUCG